AUGUAUUACGAUGACUAUGAUACAACUGUACCAACUACAACAAGACAGAUAUCUACCAACAAACACGGCGUCUUGAAGCUCUUGAACUGCUUUGACAUGGAUUGUGAGACACCAUGUUCAUUCAAGUUUGCUGAUGAUAAGAUUAUAGAGUCUACACCGGCAAAGCUGGCUGGUAUAUUUUGCAUGCAGAGGAUUGGAAGCAGAAAGGGUCAGAAGCUGUUAAAGUACUAUUGUCCUAGUGAUUUGACUGACAAUGUUUUAUACAUCAAAUACUUCACCGGUAUCAAAUCUACAAAGCAUCAGACGACGGUGACUAAGACAAACAUUUUAGAGAAGAUAAAACAACUUAUGGCAAAAAGGAGAAAAAGUGGGAAAAGAAAGAAAGUUGAUGAAAAGGAUCUAGUUUGCCUGAUAGGUCUUUAUCUUUGCUGUGUAUUGUUUUUUGGCGACAAAAAUGCCAAUGGAGUGAACGCGAAAUAUCUUAGUAUCGUUGAAACUUAUGAUACGGUGCUCAAGGUGUCGUGGCCUGAUUUAAUACACGAGCACUUGUUUGAAGAGAUUCAUACUAAUCUUAGUUGUUUGUCAAAUGUGAAGGCUUGUGUGCAAUACCUACUGUUAUUGUUUGCUGAACACACGCCAGCAGGAUUAAUCCCGAAAGUUGAGAACCACGAGGAAGAUAUCCCGAGGGUUGGGAGAUGGGAUAUAUACCAGAUUUCUGAUUACAUUUGGAAAACAGACAUAACAGUUUUCGGUAAGUGUUAUAUGUCAGUUGGUUUAGGUUUUUUACACAUGCAAAAGAUAACACAAGUGAAUGCAACUAUAGGUUAUGUAACAUAUAUCCUCUUUGUGGCUGAGUUUUCACAGCUUGAGAAGCAGCUGGGUAUAUCAACCGUGGUACCCAGCAAGGACGACCUGCAAAGUUGGCUGAAAGCGCAAACUAUUGAGAAUAGCCAUCUGAAAGAGCAACUGCAAGAAAAGCAAGCAAUGCUUAAAGCAGUGUAUGCAAUUGCAAGAGAAGGGAUAUCAGAAGGGGACCUUUCAGGAACAGCGGAAUUCAAGGUUCACAAAUUUAGUUGCCAAAUUAUGCAAGCAAUGGGUAUUGAUCCUUACAAAGUGACCCAGGAAGAGUUUAUGCAACAUGAAGAUGAUGUACAUGGAGGUACUGAGCAUGGAGCUACUGAGCAUGAAGAAGAAGAGUUACAAUUAGUUGAGACAGAGCAACAAGGAGAUGGAAGUACUGAGCAAGAGAAAGAGAAAGAUGACGCGGAAACUUCCUUCCAUGAAGAAUUUCCAUGUAUGAGCCUUGCAGCUGGAAAUACGCCAACAAUUCUGCAAGCUCAAACUGCUGCAGAGGGGCACAAAAGACCACUCAGGACAUAUAGUUCGAGUAUGAAGAGUGUGACAACUUGCAAGACUCCACCAAAGAAAAGGCCUGUCGCAAAGCAAAAGCCUACUCCUACAAAUAAUGUUGAUGAGGAGCAGAAGAAAGAUGUUGAAGAGACACCUGUUACGGAUGAGGCACAGAAGAAAGCUGCAGAUGGUGGAGUUGUGGAUGGGGCAGGUGAUGAUGUAGCUGCAAAAGCCGUAGGUGAUGAUGUUACUGCAAAAGUCAAUGAGGAUACACCUGCAACUGUUGGUGAAGGUUUGGUUAUGACUGCUCCAACUCAGCCAACUCCUGGAACUUUUGAUGACAGUUCUGCUUCAACACAAUUUGAGGACUCCAUGGUGAUAACUGCUACAACACCGCAAACACAGCCUGACAAUGCUCAGACCUACAGUGAGUGA